ACUAACACGCAUGCGCGGUUACCGCCGGCCAUCUUGUUUUUUGACGCACGUUAUUUUAAAUACCUAGUGAAAGUUUUUGUGUUUUGUUUGUGAAAACAAUUGUUUUUAUUGUUGUCUGUGUAACGCAAUAUUUGGAUUGUUUUUUAUCUGUGAAACUACACACAUAAUAAAAAACGACACCUAACUCAAUAAAAAUAAAGUUGAAACUGUAAAAACUAUGUCCUGACACAAGAUGGCAGAUUUAAUGCAAAGACUAAGAGAGUUGGGACGCAAAAAAGAUGUGAACUUGAACAAUAGUGUAUAUUCUGUGAUUUCGUGUAGCGACCUGACGCCAGGGAGCGUCGAUAUAUGGGUGGACCUUCCUGAUGAAAUCAAGUUUGAUCCUCUACUGGCACCAUUCAAGCAGCGGUACGAACAGCAACAUGGUAAAAUAGAGCUGGAGGAUCAUGCAGAAGGUGAUAAGACAAUAUUUGAUAAGAAACAUGAGGUGGAUGCGAGAAGGGAGGAUGUGGAACCUCUUAAAGACGCAGCGAACAGAUUAAUGGAACCCAUGCAAACAAAAGAUGAGAAGAAACUAAAGUCUGCCAAAAAGAAACGGCUAGACCAAGCACUGCGGACAGUGAAACUAUGUGGCCUCAUCUCCUGCUGGGUGCUUCUCACUGUCUCCUUGUUGAUGAACAUGGAACGAUCAGACGUGGUGCUGCAUACUGCUGUACAGGGUGGGGAGAUCAAAGAGUACGAAUUACCGACCAGUGAUCAACGAGUAAAAGUAUCUAUCACAUUGACUGGACCCUUUGCCCAGCCUGUGACCAAUGAGAGCGUGAACACACUUCAUAUAUGGCUGCAUAGAUCUGUUGGUGACAAUACAACGACAGAAUUUGAACAGAAUUCAACAAAAUGGAGAAUACACCUCCAACCAGAAGAUAUCCUGGACUUCUCACCCAGUUCUACAGAGAGCAGACUCCUAAUUCUUGAGGAGCAGGCUCCCAUACUCACUCGAGGACAUCAGGACCUGAACUCUUCACUCAGUCUGAUAACGGAAGAAAUUACGAGAUGGGGCCAAAUUGGAAUUAAUGGUACAAAGCUGACUCUCCGCAUGAGUUCCACCAGUGACAGUAUAGUUCCACUGACUGUCAGCUACCAGAUGAAUCCGAUUGACCCCGAAGAGGGCAUCAUCUACGCAACAAUCCUGCUUAUCACACUGUACACUCUUAUUAUAUUUGAGAUAGUAAACCGCACAAUAGCAGCUCUGCUCUCCUCGUCUCUAGCAGUGGGAGUACUGGCUCUAUGUGGAGCGCGACCCUCGCUACCUGAACUCGUCUCUUGGCUGGAUGUGGAGACUCUACUCCUACUCUUCAGUAUGAUGUUGCUGGUCGCUAUCCUGGCUGAAACUGGACUAUUCGAUUACCUCGCUGUCUUGGCGUUUGAAGUGACAGGCGGCAGAACAUGGCCUCUGAUCAACGUCCUAUGUUUCUUUACUGCGAUAUUCUCAACGUUUCUAGACAAUGUGACCACUGUGCUGUUGAUGACACCAGUUACUAUCAGGUUAUGUGAGGUAACUCAACUGAAUCCAGUGCCUGUUCUUAUGUCAAUGGUGAUAUUCAGUAACGUAGGGGGCGCUGCUACACCAGUAGGCGACCCACCCAACGUAAUCAUAGCCACACACCCUUCCAUAGUAAAAGCGAACAUAAACUUCACGACGUUCACGAUACACAUGGGGGUAGGCAUACUCAUAGUAUGUGUACAAACCUACUUCCAACUUAGAUAUAUGUUUAGAGAUAUCAACAAAUUGAGGCAUAGCGUUCCAAGAGAUAUAUUAGAGUUACGUCAGGAGUUGGCUGUGUGGAGACGCGCUGCUGCAUCACUAUCCUCUUACUCUAGGGAUGAAGAUAUAGUGAGGAGGGCGCUUGAGAAGAAGGUGGAGAAGCUGAACAUGGCGUUAAGUCGCCGGGAAGCCGGGGGUGGGGCCUCUAGAACAGAUCCUAUGUUCUGCUCCACUCUCGCGCAGAUGAAACAAAAGUAUCGCAUUAGAGACAAGCCGUUAUUAGUGAAGUCAACUAUAUGCGUCUCCUUCGUCAUCAUAGUGUUCUUUCUACACGCCAUACCUGAAUUACAACGCCUCUCUCUAGGCUGGACGGCUCUUCUAGGUGCCUUGCUGCUGCUGCUUCUGGCUGAAAGAGACGACCUGGAGCCAAUCCUGGCCAGGGUCGAGUGGUCCACCUUACUAUUCUUCGCUGCACUUUUUGUGCUUAUGGAGGCUUUAUCAAAACUGGGUCUUAUCUCCUGGAUCGGCAGUAUGACGGAGAACCUUAUAUUACAAGUUGGCCAAGAAUCCAGGCUAGCUGUGGCAGUUAUGCUAAUAUUAUGGGUGUCAGGUAUAGCAUCAGCAUUCGUGGACAAUAUACCGCUGUCCACGAUGAUGGUGCGAGUGAUAGCAGCGCUGGCUGACCCGGCCGGGCUGGGUCUACCUCUUGCUCCUCUCGCCUGGGCCCUCAGCUUCGGAGCCUGCCUUGGAGGUAACGGCACUUUAAUCGGUGCCAGCGCAAACGUGGUCUGCGCAGGAGUGGCCGAACAACAUGGUUACAGAUUCACAUUUGUACAAUUUUUGAAAAUUGGGUUUCCUAUAAUGUUAGGUAACUUAGUAGUAGCAUCACUAUAUUUAUUAUUCUGUCAUUGCUUUUUACAAUUACACUGAAUUGGAAAAAAAGUGAAAAUGUGAAUUACAUGUCUACGGGUCCCAUACGAUUUUCAAAUUAGAUACAAUUACAUUUUUUAUUUAUUAUAAAGAUAUUCGAACAAAUAUACUUUUUUGAAAUGGUUUAAGGGAUCCUUAUUUUUUGGUUAUGGGACCUGUAGAUCAUGAACUUACAACAUGAAUCACAUAUACACAGAUAAAUAAAAUUGGAGCGUCUGUUUGUAAUAUUAAAAUAACCGCUUUUUACUACAUACAUAUGAAUAUACAUACGAUACACAUAACAAAAUAUAUUGUUUUUAAUAUUUUUGUCUGUCUCUCUGUUUGCACUGUCUAAUCUUUAGAAUGGCUGCACCAAUUUUUCAAGACUUCUAUUGACAAGUAGCUGGUGUACUAAGAAGUAACGUAGGCUACUUUUAUUUUGGAAAAUUGAAACAAAAAAAGUUGUGUUCUAAAAUUCAUGUUCUACGCAGACGUAGU